CUUCUUGGGCUGCCCUAAAAGCCACUCUCCUUGUGCUUUUUAUUUCAUCACCAUAACUACUUUGAGAUUAAAGGUGGUACAAAACUUUAAAGAAGCAACAAUUCUAUUCGCUUGUUAUUGGACUUGAAACUCUUGUGACCUCGGAAACUGAAGAUGAGGUUACCAUGGGAACUGCUGGUACUGCAAUCAUUCAUGUUGUGCCUUGCAGAUGACUACACACUGCAUGGCCCAAUUUUUAUUCAAGAACCAAAUCAUGUAAUGUUCCCUUUGGAUUCUGAGGAGAAAAAAGUGAAGCUCAACUGUGAAGUCAAAGGAAAUCCAAAACCUCACAUCAGGUGGAAGUUAAAUGGGACAGAUGUUGACAUUGGAAUGGAUUUCCGCUACAGUCUUGUUGAAGGCAGCUUGUUGAUCAAUAACCCCAAUAAAACCCAAGAUACUGGAACGUACCAGUGCAUAGCAACAAACUCAUUCGGCACAGUCGUUAGCAGAGAAGCAAAGCUUCAGUUCGCUUAUCUUGAAAACUUUAAAACCAGAACAAGAAGCACCGUGUCUGUCCGUCGAGGUCAGGGAAUGGUACUCCUCUGCGGCCCACCACCCCACUCUGGAGAGUUGAGCUAUGCCUGGAUCUUCAAUGAAUACCCUUCCUAUCAGGAUAAUCGCCGCUUUGUUUCUCAAGAGACUGGAAAUCUAUACAUUGCCAAAGUAGAAAAAUCUGAUGUUGGGAACUAUACUUGUGUGGUUACGAAUACUGUGACAAAUCACAAGGUCCUGGGGCCGCCUACACCACUCAUACUGAGAAAUGAUGGAGUGAUGGGUGAAUAUGAACCCAAAAUAGAAGUCCAGUUUCCGGAAACAGUCCCGACUGCCAAAGGAGCAACAGUGAAGCUGGAGUGCUUUGCUUUAGGAAACCCAGUACCAACUAUUGCCUGGCGAAGAGCUGACGGAAAACCCAUAGCAAGAAAAGCCAGAAGACACAAGUCAAACGGAAUUCUUGAAAUUCCCAAUUUUCAGCAGGAAGAUGCUGGCUUAUAUGAAUGUGUGGCUGAAAAUUCUAGAGGAAAAAAUGUAGCAAAGGGACAGCUGACAUUUUAUGCUCAACCUAAUUGGAUCCAAAAAAUAAACGAUAUCCAUGUGGCCAUGGAAGAGAAAGUCUUUUGGGAAUGUAAAGCAAACGGGAGGCCCAAGCCUACAUACAGGUGGCUAAAAAAUGGCGAACCACUGUUAACUCGGGACAGAAUUCAAAUCGAGCAAGGAACACUCAACAUAACCAUAGUGAAUCUCUCUGAUGCAGGCAUGUAUCAGUGUGUGGCAGAGAAUAAACAUGGCGUUAUCUUCUCCAGCGCAGAGCUUAGUGUAAUAGCUGCAGGUCCAGAUUUCUCAAGAACACUCUUGAAAAGAGUAACUCUUGUCAAAGUGGGAGGUGAAGUUGUUAUUGAGUGUAAACCAAAAGCUUCUCCAAAACCUGUCUACACCUGGAAGAAAGGAAGGGACGUAAUAAGAGAAAAUGAAAGAAUUACCAUUUCUGAAGAUGGAAACCUCAGAAUCAUCAAUGUGACUAAAUCAGAUGCUGGAAGCUAUACCUGCAUAGCGACUAACCAUUUUGGAACUGCCAGCAGUACUGGAAACUUAAUAGUAAAAGAUCCAACAAGGGUAAUGGUUCCCCCUUCCAGUAUGGAUGUCACUGUUGGAGAAAGCAUUGUCCUGCCAUGUCAGGUGACACAUGAUCACUCAUUAGACAUCGUGUUUACAUGGUCAUUUAAUGAACACCUGAUAGACUUCGACAAGGACGGGGACCACUUUGAAAGAGUUGGAGGGCAGGACUCAGCUGGUGAUUUGAUGAUCCGAAACAUCCAACUGAAGCAUGCUGGGAAAUACGUCUGUAUGGUCCAAACAAGUGUGGACAGACUAUCUGCUGCUGCAGACCUGAUCGUAAGAGGUCCCCCAGGACCUCCAGAGGCUGUUACCAUUGAUGAGAUCACAGAUACCACUGCUCAGCUUUCCUGGAGACCUGGGCCUGACAACCAUAGCCCCAUAACCAUGUAUGUCAUCCAAGCCAGGACUCCAUUCUCCGUGGGCUGGCAGGCCGUCAGUACAGUCCCAGAACUCAUUGAUGGAAAGACAUUCACCGCAACAGUGGUGGGUUUGAACCCUUGGGUUGAAUAUGAAUUCCGCACUGUUGCAGCCAACGUGAUUGGCAUUGGGGAGCCCAGCCGGCCCUCAGAGAAACGGAGGACAGAAGAGGCCCUCCCUGAAGUCACCCCAGCUAACGUCAGUGGUGGUGGAGGCAGCAAAUCUGAACUGGUUAUAACCUGGGAGACGGUCCCUGAAGAAUUACAGAAUGGUAGGGGCUUUGGUUACGUGGUAGCCUUCCGACCGUAUGGCAAAAUGAUAUGGAUGUUGACAGUGCUGGCCUCAGCCGACGCCUCCAGAUAUGUGUUCAGAAAUGAGAGCGUGCGCCCCUUUUCUCCCUUUGAGGUUAAAGUCGGCGUCUUCAACAACAAAGGAGAAGGCCCUUUCAGUCCCACCACAGUGGUGUAUUCUGCUGAAGAAGAACCCAAUAAACCACCAGCCAGCAUCUUUGCCAGAAGUCUUUCUGCCACAGAUAUCGAAGUUUUCUGGGCCUCCCCCCUGGGGAAGAAUAAAGGACGGAUACAAGGUUAUGAGGUUAAAUAUUGGAGACAUGAUGACAAGGAAGAAAACGCUAGAAAAAUACGAACAGUCGGAAAUCAGACAUCAACAAAAAUCACCAAUUUACAAGGCAGUGAACUGUAUCACUUAGCAGUCAAGGCAUAUAAUUCUGCUGGGACAGGCCCCUCUAGUGCGACGGUCAAUGUGACAACUAGAAAGCCACCACCAAGCCAGCCCCCUGGAAACAUCAUAUGGAAUUCAUCCGACUCCAAAAUUAUCCUGAAUUGGGAUCAAGUGAAGGCCCUGGAUAAUGAGUCAGAAGUAAAAGGAUACAAAGUCUUGUACAGAUGGAACAGACAAAGCAGCACAUCUGUCAUUGAAACAAAUAAAACAUCAGUGGAGCUUUCUUUACCUUUUGAUGAAGAUUAUAUCAUUGAAAUUAAGCCAUUCAGUGACGGAGGAGAUGGCAGCAGCAGUGAACAAAUUCGAAUUCCAAAGAUAUCAAAUUCCUACGCAAGAGGAUCCGGAGCUUCCACCUCGAAUGCAUGUACACUGUCAGCCAUUAGCACCAUAAUGAUUUCCCUCACAGCCAGGUCUAGUUUAUGACAAAAGUUAUCUAAAGGACUUGCUGUUUAUAAUAUAAGCAACAUUUAGCUAGCUGUUUUGAAGACACCCAGUACUAAGUAAUAUUGUUGUUCAAGUACAUCUUAUUACUGGAAAAACGUUUUUUGCUUCUUUAGGAAUGGCAGUACACAGUACUUCCUCAAAGCAAACCUAGCUUUGUCUGAAGUUUCUUUGGAAACUCUUCAGUGCACUGAAGACAUCUGUAAUACGAUGUUACCAAAGCAGUUUACAUAAGUCCUUAUAUGCAUAUUUUUUAUUAUAUAUUUAGUGUUUUAUAGAAUUUUUAAAGUUAACAUAUAAUGUAGAUAUUAAUUUUUUUCCUCUGCUGUAAAAUGCUAUGGCCAACAUGACCAUACAAUUAUGAUUUGAGAAUAUUUCCUUUAAAGACAGAAUUUGAAACUCAUCUUGGUGAAGAAAUUGCAAAUCACUUGUACAGUUUUACAAGGAUCUAGUGGCAGAACAGCUGGAGACUUGCUCUCUAACUCAAGGCUGCUGUAUAUAAAUUACUCUUUGAAUGGUUGAAGUGUUGAAUCAAGUCCUUUAGACAUGUACAAUAUGUUUUCCCACCCUGUUGUGUAUUUUGUUAUUCAACACGACUUGAGAUGGUUUCAGGAAUGGCUGCAAAUCUCAAAAACCUACCCUUACUGCCCAAGAGGCACUUGUGCAAUAUUUCCAUCCCUGAAUUUAGCAUUGUGUGGUAAGACUUUCCUUUCACUCAACUAAGUUAGCAUUGUCUUUGUAAUAGCAUUAUCUUAGACAUUAAAUUUGAAAUUACAUAUCCUGUAGUAACAUAGACUGAAAGUUGCUAUAGUCAACCAAGUCUUUCAAAGGAUAAAAGAUAAUUUUAUUACCUAUAAAUUUAUGUUUUGAAUGUAAAUUUACAAACAAAAAUAAUUCUCUGUCAAUGAACUCACAACUUCUUUACAAAAUUUCUUAUAUAUAAUAUGUGUACCUCUGUAAUAAUAGAACCCUUCUUUUGAAUCACAAUGGCUUAUGAAGUUUGGAAGAUUUCUCCUAUUUCAACAAAUAGUUGCUGCAAAGAAUUUUUCAUAUGAUUCUAUAAAAGAUCUUUAGUAAAAUUGUAUGGUAUCUUGACGAUUCUCUUGUUUUACAAUAGCUAAACUAGUUGCUUUAUAAGCUUUACCUUCUAAGUCUUAAAAUUACGCACUGGAAAAUGACAAUAUCAACAAAACCGUGUUCUUAUGAAAAGAACUGUUUGUUAGGAUGGGGGAGGUUUUGUAAGCUGACCCUGGUGGAGUAGUAAUCUAAAAGGCAAAGCAAUUUUCUAUAAAAAAUUCACAUGUACACAAGAUGUUGCUCUUUUUCAAAGAGCUCAAGUUUGCCUGUAACUUGUCAUUUUUGCUUACAAAUAACGUAAGUUAACUUUUCAAACUUCUAAUUAUAUUUAUCCAAUAAAGUCAUAAUCAGGAUUCCACUUGUGUAAAAAUUAGGACAAUACCACAACAAAAAAAAAAUAUUGUCAGUAUUUCAAGCUGUGUUCCUUGCUUAGUUUGAUAUGGUUACUUCUAUGUUAAAGUAAAAUUUAAAAUCGCACACAAAAAAAAUAAAAAAAAACAAGAAAAUGAAUGAAAAAAAAAUGAUAUCCUAAGUAGUUCCCAACCCCAGUGUAAAUGAUAUUUACCAGUGAUCUAGCAUAUGUAAUCUUUUUUUAAAGGUAUUGUUAAUAAAUAUUCUGUCAUUUAUAAA